CGUGGAACCAGACCAUCCGUCUCAACGUGCCGUCCGAGCAGAUCCCCGGGUCCCACCUGGUGAUGAGCGUGGCGGAUUCCCCCGGGUUCCCGUUUGCGCUGGCGUGGAUGCCCCUGUGGGAUAACCAAGCGUUCAUCCGGGAUGGCCCGCACUCGCUGCUGCUGCACGCGUACGACAAGCUCACCUCGAACGUGGAGAACGGCAAGGGGGCCUACCUGGGCCUCCCGUGGAGUUCGUUGGGUAAGAACGAGUCGACCAAGGACGAGGCGGUCACGGGCCCAUUGGCCACGCUGCGCCUGGACACGCACCUGUGCAGCACGGAGUAUUCGCAGGACCAGGUCAUCCUGAGCCUGCUGAACUUCCGGGAACGGCCGGUCGACGAGGUUCUCGACACCUUGAAGCGGGUCCUCUUCGUGCCGGAGAUCGAGAUCGUCAAGCAGCUCAGUGGCGUGUUCGACGCGCUGUUCGGCAUCUUGGUGGAGAACGCCGGGAACGAGGAGUACGAGGAUCUGAUCUUCCACAAUCUCGUGACGGUUCUGGGUAUUGUGCACGAUCGACGGUUCAAUCUGGGCCCGUUGGUGGACCACUACGCCGGCAACCAAUUCAACUUCCCCUUCGCGACGCCCUGCCUCGUCCGCAGCUACCUGCGUCUGCUCCAGUCGAGCUCCGAACCCAACCAGUCGCGGAAUCUCCGCGCCACCUUCAAGGUGGGCCGGCACGUCCUCAAGUUCAUCAUCAAUGCCCGACAGCAGCAGCAAGCCAAGGAAGAAGGGAUCGGGAUCACGCGCGUCCAGUCCACCUUCAACCGCGACCUGCAUUCGAUCUUCAAGGCGCUGGAGGAGCUCAUGAAGAACCCCUCGCCCGCCAUGGUCGGCAGCAAGACCUUGGUGGUCCAGCACUUCCACACGUGGCUCCCGGAACUCACCAAGGUUCUCCCCAAGGACGAGAUGGUCAUGAUCGCGUUCAGCUUCAUGGACGCGUGCAAGGACGUCAAGGGGAUGCUCAUCCUGUACAAGCUGGUCCUGAUCCAGCACUACACCCGCCUGGACAUUUUCGACUCGGGGUCGGAGCGGCAGGGCUUGAUCUCCAGCUGCGUCGGCUGGCUGGCCCCCUACUGGGGUGGGAUGAAUUCGGUGUCCGACCUGUACCGCGAUCAGGUCCGGCUGAACUGUGCCAUCGUUGCGGAGCUGCUGAAGGAGCCGGACCCGCAGCUGUACGAGUUCAUGCCCAGCAUUGUGUCUUCCUACUACUCGAUCAUCCCGGAGGGCGUGGACGACACCGAUUAUCUCUCGCUUCUCUUCAGCAAGACGUUCCCCUUCCACAUGAAGCCCUCGAAAACCGCGCAGAAAGUAGACGAGGCUUUAGUGGAACUGUCUGCCGUCCUGGCUGCCGUCGCGGCAGUCCCUCAUCCCAAACGGCCGCGACUGAAAGGCCUGGACCUGUCGUCCUUCCUCAACCAGGCAUUUGAGGUGCACACGUCGAUUCUCAACUGCGAGCCUUACCCCGAGAGCUGGCUCAGUGCUCACAUAUACAAUCACCGGGCCACCGUCAAGAGUCUGGAGUUCCUGGCCACCAUUAUGAUGGACAAGUUCCUCCCGGGACCCGAUGAUGCGGAGUCGUUUGACACCCGAAUGUGGGAGAACCUCUUCCUGACCCUGCUGAAGGUUGUCUCCAGCAACGUUCUCGCCCUCGAAACCUUCCCCGAGCAACGACGCCGUGCGAUCUGGAAGAUCGCCGGAGACGUCCGAGAACAGGGUGCGGCCCUGCUGCGCGCCAGCUGGGAGGCCAUCGGCUGGGAGACCACGGACGAGGAGCAGGAACGCUUCGGGCUGGAACGAUUUGGCGGCUACCAAGUGCAGUAUGUGCCCGGUCUCGUGGCUCCUAUCAUCGAGCUCUGCCUCAGUGUCCACGAAGGCUUGCGCCAUGUGGCGGUGGAGAUCCUGCGGACGAUGAUCCUGAGCGAGUGGACCCUCAACCAGGAGCUGUCCAUCAUCGAGACCGAGAUCAUCUCCAGCCUCGACAACCUCUUCAAGUCGAAAAAUAUGAGCGAGUUCGGCGUCCAGAAGCUCUUCAUCGGGGAGCUGCUCGAAUACUUCGAAGCCUGCGAGGCCUUCGAUCCGGAACUCACCAAUGCCGUCAAGGGCCUCAUCGGCACCGUCGACGAACUUCUCGAUCUGUUUGUGGCGUCGCAGAGCGGUUCCAUGGCCGAGAACAUGCACACGCUCCGGCUGAUGGAGUACAUGAAGGACAUGGGCCGGGAAGAUAUCUUCAUCCGUUACGUCCAUGAGCUGGCCGAGGUGCAGGCAGCGCAGAGCAACUCCACCGAGGCCGGUCUUGCCCUCCAAUUCCAUGCCGACCUGUAUGAGUGGGAUCCGAAGUCCUCGGUCCCACAGCUUCUCAGCCCUAGUUUCCCCGAACAGACCGCCUUUGAGCGGAAAGAGACCCUGUACUUCGCCGUGAUCCAGCAUUUCGAGGACGCCAAAGCCUGGACGCAUGCCCUUGCUUGCUACAAAGAGCUGGCGCUACAGUAUGAGGAGACGGUGAUGGACUUUAUGAAGCUGUCGCGGGCUCAGGGCUCAAUGGCCAAGAUCAACGAACGCAUCGCCAAGGAGGAGAAACAGUUCGCACGAUUUUUCCGCGUUAUCUACAAAGGUCUAGGCUUCCCGCCGACGUUGCGCGACAAGGAGUUUAUCCUGGAAUGCUCCCCGACCGAGCGGAUGGCCACUUUCGUCGACCGGAUGCAACGGGACCAUCCGGCGGCUCAGAUUGUGUCUCCCGGGGACGUGCAUGAUUAUGAGGGCCAGUAUCUGACCAUCACUCCUGUCUCCGCUUAUCGAGACAUGAGCCAUCCUGUGUAUCAACGGUCCAAGGUUCCAUCGGGCGUCCGGGACCAUCUCCUGAUCUCCGAGCCUUGCCGCUUCACGUCGACCCUGAAGAGACAUGUUCGCAACCCCAACGUGCAAGAGCAAUGGGUGGAGAAGGUCAUCUACACCACAGCGGAGCCUUUCCCGAAUAUCCUGCGCCGGAGUGAGAUUGUCACGGUUGACACCGUCGCCUUAACACCCCUGCAAACCGCGGUCGAACGGACCUGGCGCAAGACCCAGGAAUUGUGCUUGCUGCAACGGCGGGCCGUGUACGGGGAAGACUCCAGCUUGGUGGGCCUCACGGAGGCGCUGGAGCAGUUUCUCGACACCCAGUCUUCCUCCCCAAGCUGUGUCGCUCUUUACCGCGAAUUCCUAGCAGACGAGGACCCCGAGGGCAGUGAGGGGACACCCACACCCGUGGACCCCAUGAAGAACGCCCUUGCCGUGGGACUGAUUGACCACGCUUUGGCGAUCAAGCAGUCUCUCGCCUUGUACAACCGUCCGGCACACCAGGCCACGCAAGCGGAGCUGCAGCGCCGCUUCGAGGAAGUGUUUGCCUCGGAGCUAGCCUCGCUCAGCUCUCUGGUGCUCGAGCCUCUGCAAUUCCCCGUACGCCGGUCCCUCAGCACCAAGACGGACCGCAAGCCGCGUCAGCGGGCUACCAGCCCCGAGGAGGAGUUGAUCCGGACCCAGAAAACCGUCAAGAGCAAACAUCCCGAUAAGCAGUCUGUGAGCCACCGGAUCAGCAUCAUCAAUCCAUUCAAGCGCCACGGGGCCAGCAACUCGGUAGCCACGAUCCAGGGCGAGUCGCGGCGGCGACGUUCCAACAGCCGGGUUAACGGCGAGGACCGGGAUGACGAUGCCGCUACGGUUCACAGCCAAACGACCACUCGCUCGCGGGACACUCACGGCAAGCGGCGCAGUCUCUUCGGGGAUUUCGGAGAAAAACUCCACCGCCAUACAUCCCACCGAUCGAACCGAUCGAUGGGCGCAGGUGAAUCCGUCGCGGACGGGACAACGACGCAGGAAAAGCGACGGUCCCGCAGCGCGUCUCGAAGCGCGGCCGCCAAGUCUCUCGAGAACAUCGGGCGGAGCAACUCUCAGCGCCAUGUGAACGGGGUGUCGAACCAUCGCGACCAACCGGCCGUGACUAGCCCUCGAAAUGGGGCAACAGCAGGAGGAGGUAGUGGUGGUGGGUGGUCGGCGAUUCCCCCGAUCACGGACCCUCCGCGGCCGGUGACGCAGAGCAGCAUGCAUUCCAUCAAGAGCCCCGAGAUACGCAGUCCCAGCAGCCUGUCGCAGGGACCUAUGAGUCCGACUGGGGUGCGGGAUUCGGUCCGGAAGAGGCUCAGUGUUUUCAAAGGCGUUGGACGAAAGAACAGCCGACUUGAGUUUCGGGACUCGCGUGCUAUGACCGUCCAUGAGGAGUGAUCUUUCUUUACUUACAUUUCCCUCCCCGUCUACUUUCCUAUCUCCAUCUACACCCUAUCUAUCUUGUAAUGUCUGGACAUUAAUGAGUGCUGUCUUUCUUUCUUUUCUUUUCUUUUCUUUGAUCUUUUACUCUUUUUCAUCUUGUCUUCUUACUGGUUGGAUAUAAGCCGUGUUGAGCUU